GCCACGGCUGCUAAUAUCCGGCGAACACGACGGAUCGUCCGAGGCUCACUGCAGCUGGUGAAGCGAAGGUAAGGGCGAGGGCGAGGUGAUCUCGUCAGGGGUUGCCAGCGCGCAUCCGAACCCGUGGUCGAAUCGCGGCGCCGCUGUCCGGGCUAUCUUAGAGCGCCACUUAGCGUUCGGCGCCAGCCUUGGCGUCCACGCUAGCGCUCAGCCAUUGCUAAGGAGCCCGAGCGAUGAUCGACCCAAGCUCCUCGGAGGAGGAGAGCGAAGAGGAUCAAGGCGUCCACCAGGGUACUGGUGGCAGGGGCCGUAGCGGUCCGCCCCAUCAGCAGGCGGUGGCUCCUGGGGCCGGCCACGGCGCCCGUUAUCAUGCCACUAGUGGGCCCGCGGGUCCUGUUGGUGGGUCGACCGGAAUAUCCGGAGCCGGAGGUGGGGGUGCUGGGAGUGGCUCGGCGGGAGGAAGCUUACCGGGUCCGGGCACCCUUGCCGCCGGCACCGGACGUGCAGCCAGCAAGGCUGGGCUCACGGCAGUGGAUCAGGAGGCUGCGGCCCAAGCGCAAGCCAGUCAGGUUAGUCAGGCCGGCUUGGACGUAUCUGGGAACAAUAUGACGAGUGUGAGGACCUCGCUCUCGCCCUCUAUGAGCGCCCAUCAUGAGAACGCGAAUUACACGAGCAAGACUGGACAGAGGCCAACAAGUCCAUCACCGUCCGUCUCUAGUGAGAAGACCGAACAAGAGCUGCAGGACAAGCAGGAACGCGAGGAAGAGGAGAGGAAAACGAGGCUACAGCUGUACGUGUUCAUUUCGAGGUGCAUCGCUUAUCCGUUCAAUGCCAAACAACCGACAGACAUGACAAGGCGGCAGAUGAAAAUCACGAAACAACAAUUGGAGACCCUGUGCUCUCGCUUUCAGAGCUUUCUGAAAGGCGAAACGCAGAUAAUGGCCGACGAAGCCUUCCACAACGCGAUACAGAACUACUACGACAUCUUCCUCAAGUCGGAGCGCGUUGUUCGCAUGGUGCAGAGUGGCGCUUGCUCGCAGCACGACUUCCGUGAGGUAUUCAGGAAUAACAUCGAGAAGCGUGUUCGGAGUCUCCCGGAAAUCGACGGUCUGAGCAAGGAGACUGUGCUUGCAUCCUGGCUGGCCAAGUUCGACUGUAUCUUUAAGGGUACGGGCGACGAGGACACCAAGAGGCCAUCCAGGAUGCAGCAGCAGUCAUUGAAUUCCGAGCUGAUUCUGUCGAAGGAGCAGCUCUACGAUAUGUUCCAACAGAUCCUUGGCGUGAAGAAAUUCGAGCAUCAGCUUCUAUUCAACGCCCUCCUGUUGGAUUCAGCCGACGAGCAGGCUGCUGCCAUCAGGAGGGAGUUGGAUGGUCGCGUCCAAAAAGUAAACGAGAUGGAAAAGAACCGCAAGCUCAUGCCUCGGUUCCUCUUAAAGGAAAUGGAGUCACUUUAUAUCGAGGAACUUAAAUCUUCUAUCAACCAGCUAAUGGCUAAUUUGGAGUCACUGCCAGUCUCCAAAGGUUCGAUAGAGGGAAAAUACGGGUUGCAGAAGUUGAAACGUUACAAUCAUCGUAGCGAUCGCUCCCGCCCCCGUAAUCAAAGUUCACUCGUAAAUGACUCCGCAGAUUCUGAACCCCAAUUGACGAAAAUGGACGUCGCCCUCUCGUUUCCGCUAGAGGUCAUCGUUAUGGAAGUCAAAGGGAUUAAGAGUCUUGCACCAAACCGUAUCGUUUACUGCACCAUGGAAAAUGAAGGUGGUGAAAAGCUUCAGACAGAUCAGGCCGAAGCAUCUAAACCAAUGUGGGACACGCAGGGUGACUUCACAACAAUGCACCCAUUACCAAUUGUAAAGGUUCGCCUUUACACGGAAAAUCCAGCCAUGCUGGCAUUGGAAGAUAAAGAAUUGGGCAAAGUUGUUUUAAAGCCAACGCCAUUGUCGAGCCGAGCGCCGGAAUGGCAUCGCAUGACCGUCCCACGAAGCAAUCCUGACCAGGAUCUUCGCAUUAAAAUCGCCUGUCGAAUGGACAAGCCACUUAAUAUGAAGCAUUGUGGCUACCUAUACGCGGUGGGCAAGUCCGUUUGGAAAAAGUGGAAAAAGCGCUAUUUUGUUUUGGUUCAAGUCUCACAGUACACGUUUGCGAUGUGCUCGUACAAAGAAAAGAAAAGCGAGCCGUCGGAAAUGAUGCAGCUGGAUGGCUAUACAGUGGACCAUAUAGAGUCAGUAUCCGCUAAUCUUAUGGCUGGCAUGGAUUUGCAAGGGGGAAGGUACUUCUUCAACGCCGUCCGUGAAGGAGACAAUAUUGUCUUCGCCUCGGACGACGAGAGUGAGUGCCAUUUGUGGGUGACAGCGAUGUACCGAGCAACCGGUCAGUCACAUAAGCCUACGCCACCCGUAUCCGUCGCCAACAAAAGCUCAACGAUUAGUAAAAUUCAAGGUGAUACCGAUAGGGCGAAAAAACAUGGCAUGGAAGAUUAUAUAAGUGCAGAUCCAUGCAAAUUUGAUCAUGCCAGCCUUUUUAAGUUCCUGCAGAAUGCAACGCUGGAUUAUAGACUGAGCGAUCCAUAUUGUUCACUUGGGUGGUUUUCGCCAGGCCAAGUCUUUGUUCUCGAUGAAUAUUGUGCCAGGUAUGGAGUGCGUGGAUGUUAUCGGCACUUGUGUUAUCUAAGCGAUCUGCUUCACCGAGCGGAACGUGGUCUUAUGAUAGAUCCGACCUUAAUCCACUAUAGCUUUGCAUUUUGUGCCAGUCAUGUGUACGGUAACAAACCUGAUGGAGUUGCCUCCAUCACUCACGAGGAGAAGGAUAAAUUUCAAGAUGUUAAGGAACGAUUGAGACAAUUGCUUGAAAAACAAAUCACUAAUUUUAGGUUUUGCUUUCCAUUUGGCCGACCCGAAGGUGUAUUGAGAGCUACGUUAUCACUUUUGGAAAGGGUAUUAAUGAAGGAUAUAGUUACGCCUGUGCCACCGGAAGAAGUUCGAGGAAUGAUAAAGUCGUGCUUGGAAACGGCAGCCCACGUUAACUACGAGAUACUCUCAUCCGAGGCUAAAAUCGGCGAAGAUCUCAAUGGAGAAGUGUGCGUUCCACCUGGUAAAAAGCUAGAAGAUCUUAUACAUCUUGCAGAGAUAUGCGUUGAUUUGCUGCAGCAAAACGAAGAACAUUAUUCGGAGGCGUUCGCCUGGUUUAGCGACCUCCUGGUGGAGCACGCCGAGAUCUUCUGGGCACUCUUCGCCGCCGAUAUGAAUAAAGUUUUGUCCGAGCAACCACCCGAUACUUGGGACAGCUUUCCACUCUUCCAAGUGCUCAACGAUUAUCUGAGGGUAGAUGACAAUCUGAGAGACGGACGCUUUCACCAGUUGAUGCGCGAUACAUUUGCGCCGCUCGUCGUCAGAUACGUGGACUUGAUGGAGACAUCGAUCGACCAAUCCAUACACAAGGGCUUUGAGAAAGAGCGAUGGGAGAUAAAAGGAAACGGCUGCGUCACAUCGGAGGAUUUAUUUUGGAAAUUGGAUGCGCUACAGUCAUUUAUCAGCGGACUGCAUUGGCCUGACCAGGAAUUCCGUGCGCAUCUCGAGCAGCGUCUCAAGCUGAUGGCUUGCGACAUGAUCGAGUCUUGCAUCCAAAAGACUGAUGUCGCAUUCCAGCAGUGGCUUAAGAAGGGUAUAACGUUUAGCUCCACGGAUUAUAUCAUACCCUCAGAAAUGUGCGCUAUGGUGAACGUUAUCUUGGAUGCGAAGAAUCAAAGUUUUAAGCUUUGCUCUAUCGAUGGGGUGGAUGUGCAUCAAUAUCACGCAAAAAUCGACGAUCUAAUAGAGAAGACUCUAGCUGGAAUGUCGCAGGGAAUGAUUAACAAGCUCGUCAGCAUUCUCGAGGCGACGCUGUCAAAAUUAUCGCGUUACGACGAAGGUUCGUUAAUUGGAUCACUUCUCAGCUUCGCGAAGGUAUCGGGUAGUGGUAAAGAAAUGGGUCAAGCUUACGUAAGCUUUACAAGAAAUAGCACGGAGCAGAUUCGCAGCAAGGUCAUCGAUGAACUGUGGAUUCUAAAUUUUUUCGAGCAAUGGUACACAACACAGGUACAGUUGUUAUGCAACUGGUUAACCGAGCGAAUGGAUCACAGUUUACAUCUUUAUCAGUGCACUUGUCUCGCUCAUAUCGUAAAAAAGGUUUACUCAGACUUCGAGCUUCAGGGUGUCAUGGAAGACAAACUCAACUCGAAGACAUAUCAAACAAUAUCUCAAAGGAUGCAAACAGAGGAAGCAACUUGUGCCUUAACUAUGAGCUCCCAUAACGAAGAGAGACUGUCGGAGAACGGCAAUGAUGAUGAUGUGGAGAGGCCCAAGACAAAAGUAACGGUUGUCGAAAAUCUAACGGGCGAGGACGGCAUAAGCAUCAGCAACGUCACGUCGAACGUAGCCAGCCGAGUUGGCAGUAUAUUUGAGAAGGGCAUAGGCGGUCUUUCGACGAAAUUCAGUGGAGCCACCAGUUGGUUCUAAUAAUCUUCAUUACGUAUGUCACAGGAAAGAUAAUGAAUAAGAAACGCUCAUUGAAGAUAAAAUUCUUCGCAUUUACUUCUCUUGAUAGGAAAUACAAAUAAACAAACAAGAAAGAAGUAAAAAAAAAGAAAAAACAAAACCAAACCAAAAAAAAA